AUGCCGGGCCCGUUAUUCAAGCGCUUUGCUCCGCCUGUGCAGGCGACCCAGAAGGAAUCAUCGCCGCCCGCUUCAUCACCAGCGCCAGUACAAGAGCGCACCAUAGACAAGCCGCUCUCUCCCGAAGCUGCCUCGCCUACGAAGGAGAGGAAAGAGAAGAAAAGGAAGAAAAGCGAUAUCGCAGCGCCAGUCGCAGCGCCAGUGCAAGUCCAGGGCCAUGGCGAAGAUGUUGUCAUGGAGGACGUGCCUGGCGAAGCAUCACAGUCGAGCAAGAGAUCCAAGAAGCGGAAGAGCGAGGUAGUUGAAAGGCAAGAUGAAGAGGUUUCCAAGAAGCACAAGGCUGUACUCUCCAAGUUCGAGAAAGCUUCAAAGCUGGCAGAAGCGCGCAGGGAUCAAGGCGAGGCAGACGACGACGCCCAUCAGCCAGAGGAGGAGCUUCACGAUUUACAGCCUAUGCCCCAGCCUGCGCCAGUACCAGAGCCUGAUUUUGCGCCGACCUUCUCGACCCUGCCCUCGUGGCUCGCCCAGCCCGUCACUGUCGAAGCCGCAAAGACAACACCUUUCGCCGAGCUUGGUACACAACCUUACUAUAUCAAGAAGCUUGAGAAGCUAGGAUUCACAAACGCUCUAGCUGUUCAGACUGCAUUGCUGCCGAUGCUGCACAAUGGUUUCGAGCAGCAUCUGGGUGACAUUUGCGUGUCUGCGAAGACUGGAUCAGGCAAGACGAUGGCAUAUCUUCUGCCAAUAAUCGAGGCACUGAAAGACCAAGCAGCUCCAAUGCUGUCCGCAGUCGUUGUGGUACCUAGUCGACAGCUAGUGAACCAGGCUCUGCAGGUCGCUGAGGAGCUGUGCGCAGGCACCAAGAUCAAAGUAGGAACAGCGCUUGGCAACGUGCCUCUGGCUACUGAGCAGAAAGAGCUGAUCAAGUUGAGGGCUCAAUAUAACCCGAACAAGGCGAAACAGCUGCAUGCGCAGGCUUCCCGUCAAUUGGAGAUUGGAAAUGUCGAAAGAAGCGGCAUACUCGAGGGUCUGCUGAGCAUGCCGCAAGAUCAUAUCCCUUGCUACGAUUCUGGCGUGGAUGUCCUUAUCUGUACCCCGGGACGACUCGUAGAGCACAUCGAACACACAACUGGCUUCCUCCUGAAAUCCGUACGCUGGCUUGUUAUCGAUGAAGCGGACCAACUGCUGAACCAGAACUUUCAAGGAUGGGCAAGCGUGUUGAUGAAUGCACUGCACAGCGAUACACCGCCAGAGUUUAUGAACGUCCAGGAACGUCUCAGAGAGCGUGAAAAUGGCUCGAUCUGGUCUGUUGCCCUACCUACUCGCAGGCAACUCACCAAAAUUGUCCUGAGCGCUACUAUGGAGAAAGAUCUGACCAAGCUCGGUACCCUGAAGCUAAGACGUCCAAAGCUUGUAGUCGUCCAAGACGAAAGCAUAGAGGACCAGCCACUUCAGAGCGAGGAGAAUGUGUUCGAACUCCCUUCGACACUCGACGAGUAUGCAGCUCCUGUCAACGACGGUGCGAACAAGCCCUUGCACUUGCUGCAUGCUCUGCUCAGCUACGUGUUCACUGGGAUCAAACCCUCUGCCAAUCAAAAUUCUACAGACUCUGACUCCUCGGAUUCCGACUUGUCUUCCGAGGAAGAUUCCGAGACGGAAGGAAGCAUUUCGAUUGCGAGCCACAUCAGCCGAGUCUUGAUCUUUACGAAAAGCACUGAGAGCGCAUCACGUCUAUCACAUCUUCUAUCUGAGCUGGAGCCGUCUUUCCGGAAGUACAUGAAGACUAUGACUCGCGCAUCCACGGCUGAUGCUGCUCGCAAGCUCCUGAUCUCCUUCAAUACUGGGGAUGUCAAGAUACUGAUCGCAUCUGAUGCAGCCUCUCGAGGACUUGACAUACCAAGCAUCACGCACGUCAUCAACUAUGACAUGCCGACAAGCAUUACCAGCUAUGUGCACCGCGUAGGGCGAACAGCGCGUGCAGGCAAGCCCGGUCAGGCUCUGACGCUAUUCUCGAAAACCGAAGCUGCGUGGUUCUGGAAGCAGAUCGCCACAGGUGACAACGUUAGGAGAGGUGACAAGAAGGUCAUACGUAUGGACUGGAAGGAGAAAGAUGUCACAGGCGACGGCAGGAAAAAGGCUUAUCGCGCCGCUCUGAAGCAGCUCGAGGGCGCUGUGAAGGGCAGUACGGAUACAGCCAAGUAG